AUGAAGCGGAAGUUGUAUCACAGUAUUGUAGCCUACCUCAAAAUGGAGUGUUCGUGUGGCGAGUACUCCAGUGACACAAUUGAAAGUUUAGAAGGUAUACAUUUUCAAAUUUUUGAACCUGCCCUUAAUUUUUUUGCAGUUGCUAGACAGUGUAUUGAAAGUGCAUUUGGAGUGUCCGGUGACCAGGUCCCAGAAACCGACUUGCUUUCCUUCUUCGAAAACAUUUCUAUGACCACCGCAGAGGAUAAAGCUAUGGCCGAAAACCUGAAAACCCAAGGCAACUCGUGCAUGGCGGCUGAAAAAUUCAAGGAGGCUAUAGCGUGUUAUAGUAGGGCCAUUGAACUGGAUCCCAUGAAUGCAAUUUACUACUGUAAUAGAGCUGCCGCUCAUAGUCGUCUAAACAAGAACGAGGAAUGUGUCGCCGACUGCAAACUUGCGAUCAAAAUUGACCCCAAGUACAGCAAAGCGUACGGACGCAUGGGGCUUGCAUAUUCCAACAUGGGAAACUUCACGAAAGCAAUUGAAUCUUAUAAAAAGGCUGUAUCUCUCGAUCCAAGCAAUUUAAAUUUAAAGCAAAAUCUUGCCAUAGCAGAAUCAAGGCUACAGGAGACCUCAACUCAGUCAGCAACCACAGGCGCGAAUCUCUUCGGCAGUCCUGGCGGUAACAUCGACUUGAACACCCUACUCAGUAAUCCUAUGUUGCAGGACAUGGCGCAGCGCCUUAUGAGUGACCCACAAAUGCAGAAUACGCAAGGCAUUUUUCGCGACGGUAGUAGCCCUUCGGAAACCAACGCCAGUCCACCACAAGCUUCACAGGUUCCUUCAUCAUUGGAUGAUAUCCUCCGGUUCGGACAACAGAUAGCACAGCAGAUGCGGCAGUCCAAUCCUGAACUGGUUAACACGCUCCGACAGCAAAUGCAAAAUUUGGGUGGCCAGGAAUCUGGUCGCAACAAUAACGGCAGCAACGACAAGGAUGCCACUCAAAGUGAUCCAUAA